ACUAUAACUUUUGUUUCACCCCAACAGUUACAUUUUUAAGGCAUUGGAAUAGCCUUUAUUUAUAAAAUGCUAAAUGAAAGUUAAAAAAUUUGACUGACAUAGUUUUUUUGAUUAUACUGGUUAUGAUAAAGAACUAGUAGGUUAAUUAAUUUUAAUUUAACUUGGCUCGCGGGCGGCCGGCCGACAGCGACCAGACAUGGCGCGCAUGUCGCAGAUGGGCGCCGCCAUACAGACGGUGAUGCACCUCAAGGACUGGGCUGGCGCGCGUCGCCGCCGGCAGUCCACCAUCAUCAUGCGGGAGCAGGAGAUGAAGGAGCGCGUCAUGGCGAUGGCCAAGGGCCAGCGGCAGGAGCGGAGGGACCGGCUGACGGUGGAGCACCGCCACGUCAUGAAGGUGGCGGCGCACCACCUGGGGGUCCCGGACGAGGACGUGGAGGAGGGCGUGCUGGACGCGGACACGCACGUCGCCCUGCUGGAGAGCUUCCUGUCGGCCGGCGGCCGCAGCCUGCUGGUGUUCGCCACGGCCCGCCUGGAGACGCUGCCUUCGGACUCUGGCCGGGACCUCCCUGAGUCCUUGGAGGGCCUGCGACGGGUCGUGGUGGUGAGCGGCAACGACAUCAAGGUCAAGGGGCUGACGGUGGCGGUGUUCAGGGUGACCAACGACAAGGACAUCGACAUGAAGCACAUCCUGGAGGACAUCUACUUCAAGUCGGUGGUGCUGGAGGAGGAGGUGACCUGCAUCGCGCUGGUGGAGGUGAUCGCCUCGCUCGUCACCAAGGCCCGGCUGGCGGUCACCACGGACUGGGGGCAGCUCGACCAGUCCACCUCGGGCGUCAAGGCCAAGGAGGAGUUCCUCAACACCUUCCACGACUUCACCGUGUUCCUGGAGGCCACGAAGAAGAACUUGAAGGAAGUGGUGACCUUGGAGUCGUCGGACCUGCUGCUGAGGACGUACCUGACCCGGCCGGACCGGAUCCUGCAGGGGCUGGUCCUGCCGGCCGUCGUGAAGGAGACCGAGGACACGGUCACCAGGUGGCACAACCAGAUCACCUUCGCCCUGCUGCGCACGUCGCGGAUGCGGCGCGACUGGGUGGACGCCGGGCCUGACCGCGAGCUCAGCCACUGGCGGUUCGUGUCGGCCGUGCUGACCUCCAUCGUCGAGCAGAUCAAGAGAACCCCGGUCAAGUACUACAUCCGCUUCCUCAUCGCGUGCAAGUCCAAGCUGUUCCAGAAAUGGAAAGAUCUGGACAACAGAGUGACGAACGCCUACAACGAGGCCCUGGACAACGUCAAGUUCCUGUACUCCCUGGAGACGCUGUACCUGCCGCUGUACGCGUCGGAACCCUCCGUCAUACAGAAGAGCGUCCGCGUGCUGAUGUUCGGGAUCCGCAUGAUGUACACCACCUCGCUGCACUUCAACACCAGGGAGAAGAUCACCAGCCUGUUCACCAAGGUGACGGCUCGCAUGGUGACCACCUGCAGCGCCUACCUCACCAGAGACGGGGACAUCUGGAAACAGGCGAAGCACGACGUCAUCAGGAAGAUCAACGAGUGCAUGGAGCUCUAUAAGACGUACAACGAGUGCUUCGAAGACACCUGCAAAGAGAUGGAGGAAUCUCCACACGAGAAACCUUUCAAUUGCUCCAGAAAAUAUAUCUUCAGAGUUUUCGAAGUCUUCGAUGAACGCUUACUGAAGAUAUCUGAUGUCUUGAGCAUUGUGUUGAACUACUCCCUGCUGGAGACGUGUGCGAUAGAAAACGUGGACAGAUACGCACAGAAGUUCAGCAAGCUGUUCGUGAAGAUAUCGACGAAGCCGUACAACGUCUUGGAGUACUUUGAGCCAGACUUCAACUCGGACUACGACGAGUUCAAGCGCCACGUGUCUGACAUCGAAGUGGAGCUCCAGGCCUUCCUGGCCGAGUGCUUGAAGAACGAGCAGGAAGUCGUGAACGCAUUGGGGCUGCUGCAGAGGUUUGAAAACUUGAACCUGCCUUGCUUCAAAAUUGCUUCGAUGUAUCCGUACAUCGUGGAAGUAUUUGAGAAAGAAAUUGCAAAAUGGCGAGACUUCUAUGACGAACACUGUCCCAAGCCGCACCUCCACAACAUGCCCCCAACGUGCGGGCGGAUCUAUUGGGCUCGAUCCAUAUUCAAAAGGAUCGAUGCACCGAUGACGCUGUUGAAGGCGAAGCCGGGUGUGCUGGAGGCACCUGGGGCGUGGCGCGCCAUCAACAUGUACAACGCGCUGCUCAAGUGUCUCAUCUACUACGAGAUGAGCUUCCACCGCGAGUGGUGCAAGAACGUUCUGACCGUCAGCGAGGACCUCAACGAGCCGGUGCUCGUGAGGACCCACGAGACGCACAGGAUCCACGUGAACUUCAACCCGGCGCUGAAGGAGCUGAUAGUGGAGACGGAGAACAUGUGGGAGCUGGAGAUGGAGGUGCCAGAGGCGGCCAUGAUGAUCGCUCUCCGCAAGGAGCGCAUCUUCCACAUCCACACGCGGCUGCAGGUCGCGCUGGAGCGGGACGCCGCUCUCAGGUCGAGCAUCGACCACCUGUUCCUGCCGCUGCUGCGGCCGCUGCUGUACAAGCUGCAGCGAGCCUUCCAGCCGGGCCUGCAGAUCGUCACCUGGAUGUCGUACAACAUCGUCAAGUUCUGCGACGACGUCGAGAAGGCCCUCACCGAGGCUGAGAUAUUCCUGAAGCAGGCCAACGAUAUUAGAGAAAAUAGGAUCGACAAAGUACGAGAAGCACUAGAAAACGUCAUGAUGGCUUCAAUCCCUUCCAAAGACGAGUUCAUUUCGGCGAGCGAGUUUGCGGACCGCAACAUCAUUCUGAGCAAGAAAGUGGGGCCCGUGAUGGAGACCAUGUCCAUGAGCAUCGAAACGUCCGUCUUGGAACUGAUCGAACACUUCUUGUCGCUCAUCAACUGUCCGGAGAUCCAGGACGAAAUACACCAGUGGAUGCAGGGCGAGUUUGUGGUUCAGGAGAAGGAGGCCCUGCCAGAGAACGCAGCGUUCUACAGUGUCAUGGACGUCUCGGAGCGCGACCUGGCGGCCGUGCAGCAGGACUGCAAGGAGCUGUUCAACCACUACACGGUGGCCGUGCUGGACGCGCUCACCACCGCCACCAAGAACUCCCUGCACGUGCUCAGCUCCCAGACCGACAUCCACCGCCAGGUGCCGUUGGUGCCCAUGUUCACCACGGACUUGGAGCUGGACAUACCCACCAUCGUGCUGAGCCCGUCGCUGGAGCACCUCCAGAAGCUGUUCAACAACGUGUUCGACAACGUGAUGAACGCUCUCACCUACAUCAACAUGUGGGGCCAGCCCCGGUUGCCACUAGACGAUGAUGAUACGAAGCACACACUGAUCAUUUUGAAGAACUAUCACAGGACGGUGACUGAGCAGAACGAAAUAAUAGCCUUGACACACAUGCUGCGGCGAGGCAUUAACCAACUGACCCCACACGUGGGCGACUUGACUCAGGGAUACCUGCAGCGCUUCCAGCACCUGUGGGCGCCAGACCGGGACGAGCAGCUGGCCGCGUUCGUGAACGCCGACCCGCCGCCCAGCCUGUUCGAGAUCAACGAGAAGUACGCGACGUUCGAGAAGUACGCGACCGAGAUACGCGAACUGCCCCCGCACCACGACCUGGGAGCCAUCAGGAUCCUGACAGAAAAGCUCCAGCAGUCCAUGCUGAGCGAGUGUGACAAGUGGCACGUCUCGCUGGGGGACUUGCUCCACCGCCACUACAACGAGAAGCUGAUGAAGUUCCUGGACAAGAUCAGCGCCAAGGCCGGCUUGGUGCAGCGCAAGAUAGCGGACCUGGACGCCGUCCGGAUCCUCAUGGAGUGCCUGCAAGGACUCAACGAGGAGUUCUACGAGAACUGCGAUCUGGUCGACCACUUUGAGGAGAUCUACAACCUCCUGCAGAAGUUUGGGGUCAAAAUACCCUUGGAGGAAGCUGAAAAGGUGGACACUUUGAGGAUGCAGUUAGACAACAUGACCAAACUGGCGAAGACAGCGCUGGACGAGUUGAUGCAGGUGUACAGGCCGUUCAGACAGGACUUGCUGGAAGGGGUGGCCCAGUUCAAAGUGGACCUGACCGACUUCAACACCGACUUUCACGAGAAAGGUCCCAUGGAGGUGGGCAUUCCGGCCCAGGAGGCGAGCGACAGAGUGCUGCUCUUCAAGUCGAGGUUUGAAGAGCUGCAGUCGCGCUACGAGACCUACCACAGCGGGGAGCAGCUGUUCGACAUGGAGGUGCAGGAGUACCCGCUGAUGGAAGAUCGGCGCCGGGAGUUGCGUCUGCUGGGGUGGCUCUACGACCUCUACAACAGCGUCAUGAUCACUGUCAGCGGCUACUUUGAGCUCCUGUGGGCGGAGGUGGAUAUUGAAGCCAUCACUGCGCAGCUGCAGGAGUUCCAGAUGCGGUGCAGGCAGCUGCCGGCGGCCAUGCGCGACUGGCCGGCGUACAUCGACCUGAAGAAGAAGAUCGACGACUUCAACGAGAUGAUGCCGCUGCUGCGGCUGAUGCUGGACAAGUCGAUGAAGGAGCGCCACUGGACCCGGCUGUCGGAGACCAUGGGCUACAACUUCGACGUGGAGCGCGAGACGUUCUCGCUGCGCGACGUCAUGGAGGCGCCGCUGCUCAAGUUCAGCGCCGAGGUGGAGGACGUGUGCAUCGGCGCGGUGCGCGAGAAGGACAUCGAGUACCGGCUGAACGGGGUCAAGUCGGACUGGUCGGCGAUCGACCUGCACUUCGCCCCCUUCAAGAACCGGGGGGAUCUGCUGCUGAAGGGGAUCGAGAUCUCCGAGAUCAUGGGCAGCCUGGAGGAGAGCCUCAUGACCCUGAGCUCGCUGUUCGCCAACAGGUACAACGUCUUCUACAAGAAGGAGAUCCAGAAGUGGAUGAACAUGCUGAGCAGCACCUUCGAGAUCCUGGAGACGUGGAUCCAGGUGCAGAACCUUUGGGUGUACCUGGAGGCGGUGUUCAUGGCCGGCGACAUCGCCAAGCAGCUGCCCAACGAGGCGCGCCGCUUCCAGAUGAUCGACCGCAACUGGGUGGAGCUGAUGCGCCACGCCCGGGAGGUGCGCAACGUGGUGACGUGCUGCGUGGGCGACGAGACCAUGAGCAAGAUGCUGCCGCACCUCCUGCAGCAGCUGGAGGACUGCCAGAAGUCCCUCUCCGGCUACCUCGAGUCCAAGAGGCUCAUAUUCCCCAGGUUUUUCUUCGUCUCGGAUCCUGUCUUGCUGGAGAUCCUGGGCCAGGCAUCAGACUCGCAUGCAAUUCAGCCACACUUGUUGAGUGUCUUCGACAACGUAGCUCGCGCAGAGUUCAGCGAGAACGAAUACGACCGUAUCAUAGCCGUGUUCUCUCGUGAGCACGAGAAGAUCAAUUUGGUAAAGGACGUGAUGUGCACAGGUGGAGUGGAGCUCUGGUUAGGGGAGUUACUCGAGGUGAAGAAACAAUCGAUAGGUGCAAUAAUUGAAGAUGCAGCCCAUUUUUUAUUGGAGCCCGAUUUCCACGUCCUGGAGAUGAUGAAGAAGUACCCAGCCCAAGUGGGCCUCGUGUCCUUGCAAAGUUUGUGGACUCGCGACGCUGAGAAAGCCCUGAGCACCGCCCGCACCAACCGGAACAUCAUGAAACUCACCAACAGGCACUUCCUCAACCUGUUGAACCUGUUCAUCGAGCAGACCGUCAAGGACCUGACGCCCUUCGACCGCACCAAGUACGAGACCAUAGUCACCAUCCACCUCCACCAGAGGGACAUCUUCGACGAGCUGGUCCGGCUCCGCAUCAGGAGCAUCCGCAGCUUCGAGUGGCUGAAGCAGGCGCGCUUCUACUUCGUGGAGGACUCGGAGGAGCUGGUGGUCAGGAUAACGGACGUGGACUUCAUCUACCAGAACGAGUACCUGGGCUGCACGGAGCGGCUGGUCAUCACGCCCCUGACGGAUCGGUGCUACAUCACGCUGGCGCAGGCGCUCGGCAUGUCGAUGGGCGGCGCCCCGGCGGGACCGGCCGGCACAGGCAAGACGGAGACCACCAAGGACAUGGGGAGGGCCCUGGGCAAGUACGUCGUGGUCUUCAACUGCUCCGACCAGAUGGACUUUCGGGGGCUGGGGCGCAUCUUCAAGGGCCUCGCGCAGUCGGGGUCCUGGGGCUGCUUCGACGAGUUCAACCGGAUAAACCUGCCCGUGCUGUCGGUCGCCGCCCAGCAGAUCUCCAUCGUGCUCAUGGCCAAGAAGGAGCGCAAGAAGUCUUUCAUUUUCCUCGACGGCGACAACGUGUCUCUGAACCCCGAGUUCGGGAUCUUCCUGACGAUGAACCCCGGCUAUGCCGGCCGGCAAGAGCUGCCCGAGAACCUCAAAGUGCAGUUCCGCACCGUCGCCAUGAUGGUUCCCGAUCGGCAAAUCAUCAUUCGCGUGAAGUUGGCGAGUUGUGGCUUCAAGGACAACAUCGCUUUGGGCAGGAAAUUCUUUGUUUUGUAUGCGCUUUGUGAGGAACAGCUCAGUAAACAGGUACAUUACGACUUUGGGCUUCGCAACAUCUUGUCGGUCCUGCGAACCCUAGGCGCUCAGAAAAGAGCCAACCCCAAGGAUUCGGAGGAGCAAACCGUGAUGAGGGUCUUGUUCGAGAUGAACCUCUCGAAGCUGGUGGACGAGGACGAGCCGCUGUUCAGGUCGCUGAUCAACGACCUGUUCCCCGGGAUGAAGAUCGGCGUGACCGAGCACGAAGGGCUUCAGGGCUCGGUGGCCAAGGCGAUCAAGCAGAAGGAGCUCGUCAACCACCCCGCGUGGAACCUGAAGAUCGUGCAGUUCUACGAGACGAGCCUGGUGCGGCACGGCCUGAUGGCGCUGGGCCCCACGGGCGCCGGGAAGACCACCAUGAUCCACACGCUCAUGCUCACCAUGACGGACAUGGGCCAGCCGCACAAGGAGAUGAGGAUGAACCCGAAGGCGAUCACGGCGCCGCAGAUGUUCGGGACCCUGGACGUGGCCACCAACGACUGGACGGACGGGAUAUUCUCCACCCUGUGGCGCAGGACCCACAGGAAGAAGAGCAACGAGCACAUCUGGCUGGUGCUGGACGGGCCGGUGGACGCCGUGUGGAUCGAAAACCUCAACUCGGUGCUGGACGACAACCAGACCUUGACGCUGGCGAACGGCGACCGCAUCCCGAUGGCGGCCAACUGCAAGCUGCUGUUCGAGCCGGACAACGUGGACAACGCGUCCCCGGCCACGGUGUCCCGCAUGGGCAUGGUGUUCAUAAGCUCGUCGACGCUGACGUGGCACCCGCUGCUUGAGGGCUGGCUGCUCCACCGGCGGAGCCAGGAGGCCACCGUCCUGCGUCCGCUCUUUGAAAAGAUCUACAGCGACUUGGAGGAAUUCGUCAACGUGCGUCUGACCGCGAAGAUGAACACGCUGGAUGCUAUUUACAUUCGCCAAUGUACGGAUAUUCUGGAAGGAGUCAUCGACGUCUUGAAUGCUCCUACGGUUUUGAGUGACGAACAUCUGCACCGACUGUUUCUGUUCUCGUUGAUGUGGAGUCUGGGUGCACUGCUAGAGUUGGAUGACAGGGAAAAAUGGCAAAAUUUUGUUUUGAAUCAUAAAUCCCAACUUGACUGGCCCAAAAUUGCUGAAAAUGAAUCUAUUUUUGAUUACAUGGUUAACAAGGAGGGGGAGUGGCAACACUGGUCUGAACAUGUACAGAAAUAUUCCUACCCAGUCGAUGAAGUGCCAGAUUAUCUGAGCAUUCUUGUUCCGAACGUGGAUAACGUAAGGAUGGCUUAUCUCAUUAAUGUAAUAACACAGAACAAAAAACCGGUGUUACUCAUUGGUGAGCAAGGUACCGCCAAAACUGUAAUGAUUAAGAGUUGCUUGUUAGGUUAUAAUCCUGAAGAACAGAUAAGUAAAACACUUAAUUUUUCGUCUGCCACAACUCCGAACAUGUUUCAACGAACCAUCGAAAGUUACGUAGAUAGACGUGCUGGCACGACGUACGGUCCACCGGCUGGAAAGAAAAUGACCGUAUUCGUAGACGAUAUAAAUAUGCCUGUUGUUAAUGAGUGGGGUGAUCAAAUCACCAACGAGAUUGUUCGACAACUUAUCGAAACACGUGGCUUCUAUUCUCUGGACAAACCGGGAGACUUUCUCAUAAUUGAAGACAUGCAAUUUGUUGCAGCCAUGAUUCAUCCUGGUGGUGGUAGAAAUGACAUUCCUUCCAGAUUGAAAAGACACUUCAACACUUUCAACUGCACCAUUCCAUCAAACACUUCAGUGGAUUUUAUUUUUAGUUGCAUUGGUGAAGGUUACUUUUGUAAGGAGAGAUUCAAACAAGAAAUAGUUGACUUUGUCCCCAAGCUUGUGCCCUUGACUCGAAUUAUUUGGCAACGAACAAAGGCAAAAAUGUUACCGACACCUGCAAAGUUCCAUUAUGUUUUUAAUCUUCGAGACUUAUCGAGAAUUUGGCAAGGAAUGCUAUUCAUCCAUGAUGAAGAGCUUCCAGACAUCAAAAUGAUGUUGAAAUUGUGGGUACAUGAAUGUACCAGAGUUAUAUCAGACAGGUUUAUUAACUACGAUGAUAGAGAUUGGUUUCGAACAAACAUGUCACACACUGCUGAAGAAGAGCUUGGAGAUGAUUUUGAGCACUAUCCAGAGGAGGAAACUUAUUUUGUUGACUUCCUGCGGGAUCCUCCAGAAGCCACAGGAGAGGAAGAAGAGGCAGUGGCUCUGGAGGCUCCCAAGAUUUACGAAGAAGUACCUAGUUUCGAGUUCCUGAUCUCCGUCUUGCAUACACAGAUGUUUAAUUACAAUGACGCUUUCCGUAUCGGACAGAUGGAUAUGGUAUUUUUCUUUGAUGCCAUCGUUCAUAUUAUAAAAAUAUCUCGUGUCAUGAUGUUGCCACAAGGUCAUGUUUUGCUUGUUGGUGUUGGUGGAUCCGGAAAGCAGUCCUUAACUAGACUUGCUUCAUUCAUCGCUGGCUAUUCAACCCACCAGAUAACACUGUCCAGAUCGUACGGUGAAUCAGAACUACUUGAGGAUUUGAAGGUUGUUUAUAAUGUCGCAGGAAAAUUAGGAAAAGGUAUGACUUUUAUAUUUACAGAUAAUGAGAUAAAAGAUGAGGGUUUCCUUGAAUACAUAAAUAAUAUACUUGGAACAGGAGAAAUUGCAGGCUUAUUUUCACGAGAAGAAUUUGAUGAAAUCGGCUCCACGAUAUCACCAAUCAUGAGAAAGCAACAUCCUCGUCGCGCAGUAACUCCAGAAACAAUUUAUGAAUUUUUCAUCGAGAGAUCUCGUGAAAAUCUUCAUGUCGCUCUGUGUUUCUCUCCAAUAGGUGAAAAAUUUCGGAGCCGUUCUUUAAAAUUUCCUGGCCUCAUCUCGGGCUGCACGAUGGACUGGUUUAUGAAAUGGCCAAAAGAUGCUCUGGUGGCUGUUUCUAGGCAUUUUCUGAAUGAAUUCAACAUAAUUUCCACGCCCGAAGUGAAAAAUGAGUUAAUAGAACUCAUGGGUGAUGUCCAGGAAGAUGUGUCUAAGGUGUGUGAGGAUUAUUUUGAGCGUUUUCGCAGGCAAACGUAUGUCACACCAAAAUCUUUUCUCUCUUUCUUGGAUGGCUACAAGAGAAUCUACUCGGAUCGCCUGGCAAAUAUUUCCAACAGUGCAAUGAGAAUGGACAUGGGUCUGGAGAAGUUGGUGGAAGCGCAGGAAAACGUGGACGAGCUACGGAAAGAGCUGGAAGCAAUGGACAAGGUGAUCAAGGUGGCAGUGGAGGAAACCAGGGUGGUGAUGGAGAGGGUGUCGAUUUCGGCGCAGGCGGCAGAAGCCGUGAAGGCGGCCGUGGAGCGCCAGAUGGAGGAGGCGGAGGCCAUGGUGGUCAAGAUCAACGCGGACAAUGAAGUGGCCACGGCGAUGCUCGCGGACGCGAUGCCAGCCCUGCAAGCGGCGAUAAAGGCCGCGGAUACCAUCAAACCGGUAGACAUCGCUACGGUCAGGAGACUGCCCCGACCGCCCUUCCUUGCCAUGGUCAUCUUGGACGCGGUGCUCAUCUUCUUCCGACGCAAGGUGAACCCGGCGAAGGCCGACUUUGAGCGCGGCUUCAUGGAGCCGUCGUGGGCAGAGUCGCUGAAGCUGCUGGCGGACGCGAGGUUCGUCUUGAACUUGAAGGAGUACAAUGAGCAGUCGAUGAACGACGAGACGGUGGAUUUGCUGCGGCCGUACUUGGACUACGAAGAGUACACGCCGGAGAAGGCCAUGGCCGUCAGCAGCAGCAUCGCCGGCUUGCUGGUGUGGACCCGCGCCAUGGUCGACUACUAUGCCGUGAGCAAGUUCGUGCGUCCCCUGCAGGAGAACGUUGAACGGCAGAAGGCCAUCAAGAAAGAGGCAGAUGAAAGGCUGGCACAAGCCGAGAUGCUGCUAAAAGAGAAACAAGCAGAGAUGGCUUUGGUCCAGGCAGAAUACGACAAAGCUAAAGCCCAAGAGCAGGAGGUGCAGGCCAAGGCCCAGGACUGCCAGGACCGCAUGGACGCGGCGAUGGCCCUGCUGGGGGGCCUGGCCAACGAGCAGACCCGCUGGACGGAGCAGUCCGCCUCGUUCAAGCGCGAGAUCGACUACCUGAUCGGCGACGUGCUGCUGCUGACGGGCUUCCUCUCCUACUCGGGGCCCUACAACCAGACCUUCCGGGAGCACCUGCAGGGCACCUGGUCGCAGCGGGUCCGCGACAAGGGCAUCCCCACGUCGGGCCGGGUCAGCAUCGUCGAGUCGCUGGUGGACAGCGCCACGAUUGGAGAGUGGAACCUACAGGAACUCCCCACCGACGAGCUGUCGAUACAGAACGGGAUCAUAGUGACGAAAGCAUCCCGCUACCCGCUGCUGAUAGACCCGCAAGGCCAGGGCAAGAUGUGGAUCAGAAACAAGGAGAGGGAUUUCGACCUGCAGGUGACGAACCUGCAGCACAAGUACUUCCGCACGCACCUGGAGGACAGCCUGCCGCUGGGGCGUCCCGUGCUCAUCGAGGACGUGGGGGAGGAGCUGGACCCGGUGCUGGACCACUUGCUGGAGAAGCACUUCAUCAAAGUCGGAACCAUGUACAAGGUGAUGAUCGGGGACAAAGAGGUCGACGUUCAUUCGGACUUCCGGCUGUACAUCACCACGAAGCUGGCGAACCCCACCUACACCCCGGAAGUGUUUGCCCGGACCUCGAUCAUCGACUUCACGGUGACCAUACGGGGCCUGGAGGACCAGCUGCUGGGGCGGGUGAUCCUGGCCGAGAAGCGGGAGCUGGAGGCGGAGCGCACGGCGCUCAUCUCCGGCAUCACGGCCAACAAGCGCCAGAUGAAGCAGCUCGAGGACGCUCUGCUCCACAAGCUCACGACCGUCGAGGGCUCGCUGCUGGAGGACAAGUCGGUGAUCAACGUGCUCAACGUCACCAAGAACACGGCGCUGGACGUGCAGCAGAAGCUGAAGGUGGCCGCCACCACGGAGGUGCAGAUCAACACGGCGCGGGAGGAGUUCCGGCCCGUCGCCACCCGGGGCAGCGUCAUCUACUUCGUCAUCGUCGAGAUGGCCAUGGUGAACUCCAUGUACCAGACGUCCCUCACGCAGUUCCUGGAGCGGUUCGACCUGUCCUUGGAGCGGUCGGAGAAGACCAUCAUCACCCAGACCAGGAUACGCAACAUCAUAGAGUACAUGACAUUCGAGGUGUUCCGCUACAAGUGCCAGGGCCUGUACGAGGAGCACAAGUACCUGUUCACCCUGCUGAUGACCUUGAAGGUGGACAUGCAGAGGAACCACAUCACUCACGACGAGUUCCAGUACUUGCUCAUCGGCGGGGCAGCUCUCGACCUGGCUACCUCGCCUCCCAAGCCAUUCCGCUGGAUCUCGGACGUCAUCUGGCUCAACCUGCUGCAGCUGCAGACCUUCUCCAGCUUUGAGAACAUUGUCGACCAGCUGACGAAGGGGGAGAAGACCUGGCGGGCGUGGUACGACAAGGAGGCCCCGGAGGAAGCCGUGUUCCCCGACGGGUACAGCUCCUCGGUGGACGUGUUCCGCCAGCUGAUGCUGAUCCGUGCUUGGAGCACGGACCGCAUCCUCUUCCAGGCGCGCAAGUACGUGGCCGCGUCGCUGGGGCCGCGCUACAACCUGCCCGUCAUCACGGACUACGACCGCAUGGUGGCGGAGAGCCGGCCGGCGGCGCCCAUGAUCGGCUUCCUCAGCAUGGGCAGCGACCCCACCCAGAACAUCAUGGACAUGGCCAAGCGCUCGGAGGUCAAGUGCUCGGCCAUCUCCAUGGGCCAGGGGCAGGAGGUGCACUCGCGGAAGCUGCUGUCCUUCUGCAUGCUCGAGGGAGGCUGGGUGCUGCUGCAGAACGCUCACCUCGGGCUCGAGUACAUGGAUGAGCUGUUCGUCGUGCUCACCGAGACGGAGAAACUGCACCCGGACCUGCGCGUGUGGAUCACCACCGAGCCCCACCCCGCCUUCUCCAUCUCCCUGCUGCAGAUCUGCACCAAGUUCACCAACGACCCCCCUCAAGGCAUGCGCGCCGGGCUGAGGCGCACCUACGGCUCCAUGACGGACAACUUCCUGGAGUACAGCUCCCUGCCCGAGUACCUGCCGCUGGUGUACACCACGUCCUUCCUGCACAGCGUGGUGCAGGAGCGGCGCAAGUUCGGCCCGCUCGGCUGGAACAUCCCCUACGAGUUCAACAGCUCCGACUGGCUGGCCUCGUGCCUCUUCAUCCAGAACCACCUGGACGACAUGGGCAAGGUCGGCAUCAGCUGGACCACCGUCAGAUACAUGCUGGGCGAAGUGCAGUACGGCGGCAGAGUGACAGAUGACUUUGACAAGCGUCUGCUGGUGACUUUCGCCAAGAAUUGGUACAAUGACGACUUGUUCGGAGAGAAGUUCGAGUUUUACGACGGCUACAAAAUCUUGGUUCACAAAACUGUUGAGGAAUACCUGCAAGGUAUCGACCAACUGCCAGACAUUGACCCACCUCAAGUGUACGGCCUUCAUCCCAACGCAGACAUCACCUACCAGAGCAACACGACCAAAGCCAUCUUGGACAAGAUCCUGUCGGUCCAGCCGCGGGAGUCUGCAUCGGGGACCGGCGAGACUCGGGAGUCCGUCGUGAACCGACAAGCCGAAGAAAUGCUGUCGAAGCUGCCGUCGCUCUACGAUCCUUUCGCAGUGCGAGAAAGGUUGCGGAUCAUGAACCACCUCCUGCCCAUGAACAUCUUCCUGAAGCAGGAGAUAGAACGCAUGGACCGAGUCAUCAGGCUGGUGGGGAAGACCCUCCGGGACUUGAUCCUCGCCAUCGAGGGCACCAUCAUCAUGAGCGAGCAACUGAGAGACGCCCUGGACAACAUCUUCAACGCCCGCGUGCCGAGCCUCUGGCAGAGGGUCUCGUGGGCGUCCUCCACCAUCGGCUUCUGGUACACCGAGCUGCUCAACCGCAACACCCAGUUCUCCACCUGGAUCUUCGGGGGCCGGCCGAAGGUCUUCUGGAUGACCGGGUUCUUCAACCCUCAAGGCUUCCUGACCGCGAUGAGGCAAGAGAUGGCCAGAGCAAGCGGCUGGUCGCUGGACACCGUCACGCUCCAGAACAAGAUCACGAAACUCGCCCGGGAGGAAGUCAGGAGCCUGCCGAAGGUUGGGGUUUACGUCUAUGGUCUCUUCUUGGACGGGGCCGCGUGGGACAAGAAGAAAGACCACCUCAUUGAGUCCACGCCGAAGAUCCUGUUCGUUGCGCUGCCCAUCAUCAACAUAUACGCCAUCAGCAGCAUCAUGCCGCCGGACCCCAAUCUAUACGUGUGUCCCGUGUACAAGAAGCCGAGGCGGACGGACCUGACCUACAUCACCAAACUGUUCCUCCCGACGGAGAAGUCUCCCGACCACUGGAUCAUGCGAGGAGUGGCGAUCUUGUGCGACACCAAGUGACCGGUCCGUCGCAGGUCAGAGUGAUGAACAGCCAACCAAGGAGCUUCGUUAAGUGGCAAGAGCUUUAUCCGGGACAACAGAAGAAUUUUGGCACAGUCAGAAAAGGCUGAAAUCUGUUUUUGUUAUACUUGUGUCUACUAUAUCUGUGAUAUUCAAAAUAAAGUAAAAUUUUUGUAUGUG